AACAUUGCAUACAACUGUGAAGUUGAUAGCUACCAGUCUGACAUGCGUGCAUACCCCGAUAGAGAGCGCAUACUAUCCAGAAAAGAACACGGCUCGGGCUUCCUCCCACUGGCCUGCAAUAUUCGUUACGGCACAUUGCGCUGUGGACAUGUCCAUCCUGUAACUCCAGCCUUGCCCUCUCCCAUGGAUGCUCCUGGUUUAUUGCUGGGCUGGUUGUUUUCCGGAGCAUCCUGCGGCUACACGGUGCGUUUGUAUCGCUAGACGUGGACUAGCAGUCCAGCAUUGUGGAACACUUGAGCCUCCUACUGGUACACAUUCAACGCAGAGCGCU